AUGAAGAUUGAUGCUGUGGCCACACCACUGACGUUCGCGACUUAUCUACUGGCAACGCACCAAGACGUGCAAGAUAGACUCAGAGAAGAAGUUAGGAAAGCGAUGACGAAAGAUGGUGAAAUAACUUAUGAAAAUAUCUGUGGCAUGGAAUACCUCAGCCAAGUGAUUUCUGAAACACUCCGGAUGUAUCCAUCACUUCACGGGUUCGUACAGAGGGUUUGUGACGUAGACUACGAAUACAAGGGCAAGGUCUUCCCCAAAGAAACGGUGAUUGGAGUUCCUGUGAUGAGGAUGCAUUACGAUCCAAGGUUCUGGAAUGAGCCGGAGAAGUUUGAUCCUGAGAGGUUCAGUAGUGAAAACAAGCACAAGAUAAACCCAAUGGCGUACUUACCUUUCGGUGCUGGCCCCAGAAACUGCAUCGCAUCGCGGUAUUCGGAGCUCCUGAUGAGGGUCACCUUGGCCACGCUUGUCUCCUCGCACAAACUUCUGCCAAGUGAAAGUGAACCGAAGACAACGGGAAGUUUCCGAGCAAGUUUCAUACUCCUGGUUCCCGACAAGGGAAUAUGGUUGCGCGUGGAGAAACUGUCACCACUGUGA